AUGUUGCAUGCGAUCGCUGACACGGGGAUCCUCGAGUCCUUUGGUAAAGAAGAUAUGGCGAUACCCUCUCCUCCCAAGUAUGUCGACGGCGCUCCUGUUUACAAGUCUAGGCAUUUCGGCUUGCCGGAUGAUUUUGGCAGGAUUGUGCUGAGCAACUUCGGAGAAAUGGUGCAAGGAGACGUGAAACGAAAGCACAACGCGCAGCCGGAUGUGUAUAGAUCACCCGAGGUGACGCUGAAGGCUGCGUGGAGCUACCCGAUCGAUACAUGGAACGUCGGAGCUAUGAUGUGUCUCUUGAUCCCUAAAAGGACACUUUUUGCCGCGAGUAGGUCGCUGUUCUAUCUCAAAGGUCCUGUGCUUUCUCUCCGAACGCUUUAG